GUUUAUAAAGUUUUGUAGGCCAUUUUUACUGGGUAUUAUGGAAAUAAUUAAGCAGCUUCAAUGCUAAGUUUGAGUUUGGACUGUGGAUGUCCAGAGCCUCCGAGAGUGACAAGCUUGAAGAAUGUGGAGCCGAAUCCAACAUUCGAGACAUUUGGAGAAGAUGAAUAUUUUAUAGCAGACAGUCGAGGUUACGAAUACAUUGUUCAUAGGAUAGCCCAAGAAUUUCUGCACUCUGCUAACGGAUCCAUUUCAGACCCACGUCUGAAGCUCAACAAGGUUGUUAGAGAAAUCGAAUACACAGACAAGGGUGUGAAGGUUUCAACAGAGGACGGUUCAGUUUAUACGGCAAAGAACGCCAUUGUAUCAGUCAGUGUGGGGGUUCUUCAAACAAAACUCAUCGACUUUAAACCUGACUUGCCUCUGUGGAAACUUAUGGCAAUUUACAAGUGGGAUAUGGUGAUCUACUGCAAGAUCUUCAUGAAGUUCCCCUCCAAGUUCUGGCCCACAGGACCUGGUACUGAGUUUUUCAUGUAUGCCCACGAGAAACGAGGUUACUACAAUUUUUGGCAGCAUUUGGAAAAUGAGUAUCCGGGAGGAAAUUUGCUGAUGGUGACGGUCACAGAUGAUGAAGCCCGGAGGAUAGAACAGCAGCCUGAUCACGAAACCAAAGCCGAAAUAAUGUCAGUUCUGAGAAAGAUGUUUGGCAAUCAUAUUCCUGAAAUGGAAGCGAUUUUGAUUCCCAGAUGGGGUCAAGAUCGCUUCUACAAGGGAACAUACUCCAACUGGCCUAUUGGUGUAUCCGUACAUAACUUUAUAAGCUUACAGGCACCAGUUGGGCCAGUGUAUUUCACUGGAGAGCAUACCAGUCAGGAAUAUAAUGGUUAUGUCCAUGGUGCCUAUCUUGCAGGCAUAGACACGGCUAAUCAGUUGCUGGAUUGCAUUAAGAAGGGACAUUGUGCUACCAAAUCUCAUGAGCAAAAUGAAACCUGUAACGCAGACAUUCAGAGGGAGAUGGAGAUGGAAAGGGCAGCAUGGAUGGGUAAAGUGCAAGUUCUGGAAGACGCACUCUCACACAAAUGCAAACCAUGACUUCUAUGUAAUCAAAUGAUAUUAUUUAAAGAAUAAUGAAACCAAGCUGCUAUGUUACAGUCUUGGGGUCAAAUUACGGCACGAAUCGAUGAAAUGCAAACUAAUGAUGCUGGUUAGCAUUUUGUAAUGUUCAGAUGUUUUAAAUUUCCAAAAAUAUAUGAAGUACCUAAAUUUUGUU